GGCGUUUGCAUGUCUGUGGCAGUGCGCAGAUAGGCCGCAUGUGAUGUGAGCCACAGUGUGCUCGUGUUCAUUGUCAGCUGUGAUCCAUCCCUGAGUCACGUUUAACAUAUUGUAUUUGCUUUCCUUGUGAGGGAAAAGGUUUAGCAGAAAAAUGCCUAAGAAAUCAAAAGAGGUGGCUGAGUGGGAGGGUGAUGAUGAACAACAACCACAACAACAACAAACAGACAAACAUAUCAAAAAAGGAAAGAAGGAUAAGAAAGGGAAAAAGAGUUUUUUCGAGGAGCUGGCAUCAGAUAAUAAACCAGACAAAGAGCAGCCACCAGUGAAAGAGGCACAAGGGAAACAGCCUCAGAAGAAAAAGAAAGACAGACGAAAAGGGAAAGCAGGAGACGACGACGACGAUGAUGAUGAUGAUUCAGAGGUCAUGCAGCGUCUCAAGAAACUGUCAGUCCAGGCCAGUGAUGAAGAUGAGGAAGAUGUUGUUGCUCCAGUCAAAGGAGGAAAGCGAAACAAAGGUGGCAACAUAUUUGCUGCUCUGAGUCAGGGGAAAAGUGAUGAUGACGAUGAAGAAGACGCAGGUGGAGAUGGAGAUGAUGAUGAUGAUGAUGAUGACGAUGACGAGAAACCCCAAAACAAAAAGAGCUCUAAGGAAGUUGAGAAGGUAACCAAGGGCAAGAAAAAAGAUAAGGCUAAACCUAAGAUAAUGAAGGAGGCCUCAGAGGAUGAACAAGAUGAAGGGAUGGAGAAAAAAGAUGAGAAUGAAAAGAAAGGUGGGAAAAGGGGCAAGAAAGCUGCUGCUAAACCAUCUAAGGAGGAAGAUAAAGUUGAAGUGAAAGAACAAGAGAAGUCUCAGAAGAAAGAUGAAGUUGAAGUGAAAGAACAAGAAAAGCCUCAGAAGAAAGAUGAAGUUGAAGUGAAAGAACAAGAGAAGUCUCAGAAGAAAGGCAAGAAGGAGCAGCCCAAGAAAGGGAAGCCUGCUCAGCCUGCUCGCCCUCCUCCUCCUCCUAGUGAUGAUGAUGAAGAGGAGGAAGAAAAGAGUGAUGACAAUGACACAAUGAUGAGUGCAGAGGAUGGGCUCGCGGCUGAGCAAGCCAAAGAGAAACCGGACGACCCUUUUGCUAACUUGAGUAAAAAAGAGAAGAAGAAGAAAAAGAAAAUGAUGGAGUAUCAGCGUCAGGUGGAUAGUCUGCGUGUUCAGGACGCUAUAGAGGGAGACUUCUCCGUCUCUCAGGCUGAGCUGUCCUCUCGACAGGCCAUGCUGGAAAACGCCUCGGACAUCAAGUUAGAAAGAUUCAGCAUUUCAGCCCACGGUAAGGAGCUGUUUGUUAACGCAGACCUUCUGAUUGUUGCUGGGAGAAGAUACGGUCUGGUUGGACCAAAUGGGAAAGGGAAGACCACUCUACUGAAGCACAUCGCUAACAGAGCUCUCAGCAUUCCUCCCAAUAUUGAUGUCCUGCUUUGUGAGCAAGAGGUGGUAGCGGAUGACACUCCUGCAGUUCAGGCGGUGUUGAAGGCAGACACACGCAGACUGAAGCUCCUGGAGGAUGAACGGCAGCUACAGAGUCGACUGGAGAAAGGAGACGACAGCGUGGCCGAGAGGCUCGAUAAGGUGUAUGAGGAGUUGAGGGUGAUCGGAGCAGCGGCAGCGGAGGCUAAAGCUCGUAGGAUCUUGGCUGGUCUGUCUUUCACUCCAGAGAUGCAGAACAGACCCACCAGGAAGUUCUCUGGUGGAUGGAGGAUGAGAGUGUCCCUGGCUAGAGCGCUGUUCAUGGAGCCCACUCUGCUGAUGCUGGACGAGCCCACUAACCACCUGGACCUUAACGCUGUCAUCUGGCUUAACAAUUACUUGCAGAGCUGGAAGAAAACGCUUCUAAUUGUGUCCCACGACCAGAGUUUCUUAGAUGACGUCUGUACAGAUAUCAUGCACCUGGACAACCAGAAACUCUACUACUACAGGGGCAACUAUCUAACGUUUAAGAAGAUGUACGUACAGAAACAAAAAGAACUCCUGAAGCAAUACGAGAAACAAGAGAAAAAGCUCAAAGACCUGAAGGCUGGAGGAAAGUCCACAAAACAAGCUGAGAAACAGACGAAAGACAUUUUGACGAGGAAACAGCAGAAGGGUAAGAAGAAAGGCCAGGAGGAGGAGAGCCGUGAGAUGCCAGAGCUCCUCAAGAGGCCGAAAGAAUACACCGUCAAAUUCACUUUCCCCAACCCUCCUCCACUCUCGCCACCAAUUCUAGGCCUUUACAGUGUUGACUUUGGUUAUGAAGGCCAGAAACCUCUGUUCAAGAAUGUAGACUUUGGAAUUGACAUGGAGUCCAGAAUAUGUAUUGUUGGGCCAAAUGGAGUUGGUAAGAGUACACUCCUUCUGCUUUUGACCGGAAAAUUAAAUCCUUCUAAAGGAGAGAUGAGGAAGAAUCAUCGAUUGAAAGUAGGGUUCUUCAACCAGCAGUAUGCUGAUCAGUUGAACAUGGAAGAGUCUCCCACAGAAUACCUCCAGAGGAAUUUCAAUCUCCAGUACCAGGACGCCAGGAAGUGCCUGGGUCGCUUUGGGUUAGAGAGCCAUGCACACACCAUCCAGAUCUCCAAACUGUCUGGUGGUCAGAAAGCAAGAGUGGUAUUUGCUGAACUUUCUUGUCGCCAACCUGACGUCCUCAUCUUGGAUGAGCCCACAAAUAACUUGGACAUUGAGUCGAUUGAUGCAUUGUCAGAAGCCGUCAAUGAAUACAAAGGGGCUGUGAUAAUUGUGAGCCAUGAUGCCAGGCUGAUCACAGAGACCCAGUGCCAUAUGUGGGUAGUGGAGGACCAGUCAAUCAACCAAAUUGAUGGAGACUUUGAAGACUACAAGAGAGAAGUUCUGGAGGCCCUUGGAGAAACCCUGGUCAACAAGCCUAAAAAUGAAUAACGGCUGGUAUUAAUAACAAGAUUGUCAGACUACAUCACUGAAGGGCUUUUAGGUUGCAUCUAAGUUGCAAAUUCUAAUAGAACCAAAAAGUUUCUUGUUAAAUUGACUGAUCAUUCAAACUCAGCACCUGCAUGCAAACUCUUUUGGGUGAUGUAUAUACAAACCCUAGAGUCACAGUGUUGGUGUAAG